AUGCAGAGGUCGCCGAAGACUGCACCGAGCACAGCGACCACAACCACCAGAAGGACUUCACCGACCACCACGACCACAACUGGAGGCAACCAGGGUUUCCUUCCAGACAAUUCCAGUCCUGCUACAACGACCACAACGACCAGACCGACCGCAGCGACUGCCACUCCCAGCACCACGGAGGCAGGCGCUACCAACACCGUCGAGACCGGAGGGAGUGCCGUCGAAAAGACCACCACGACCGAGAAGAGCGAAACACAUCCCUACUCAGAAGGGACUACCACGGCCAUGGAGAGCCAAGAGAAUGCACACUCCGAAGAGACGGUCAUGGAACCUGCUCCUGCCCCUGCCCCUGCCCCUGACCCCGCCCUUGCCGCCUCCCCGACCGCCGCAGAGCAUGCAGACUCCGAAGAAACGACCACGGCCAUGGCGGCCGAAGAGCAUGCAGACUCCGAAGAGACCACAACGACGACCACCAUCGAGCUUCGGGAUAUGUCGGAUAUGUGGUAUUGGCCGCACGACGAUUCCGAGGAUGAUACCACCACACCAGAGUUGGGUUGGAAGGACAAGUUCAAGAGUUACUUCGGCUUGGCGUUGUUGGAGGAGCGUGUGAAUGAUCCUGAGACAGAGCAAGUUGAGCUUCCCAUCCAUUGUCGCGACCGGCUGAGCCAAAACGAGACACAGGAACACGAGGACUACGUUCACUCCAUUUUGGUGGCAGCCGAGGACAUGCAGUUUGAAGCUCGAAAGAUCAUUGACUUGCAGGGGGAAGCGGCAGUGUGUGAUGAUCCGCAGCAGGCGAGCUCCGAAAACUGCAAGGCCAUGGCCCGGGAUGUCAUCACCCUCAAGGUCUUUAUGGAGCUGAAGGGCAGCAAGCAGGUCGUCGAAGAUCUUCAGGACAACAUGGUCGCCCGCGAAGAAGAAGUCGAGGUGGCCUCGCGGGCCAGCCAAGAAUACUGGCCAGCCUCAGGCUUCUCUGGCCUUAUCGACCUCGUCUUCCUUGUAGCUGAGCCCAUCUCCCCGACUCCCGAGCACUUCCGUUUCUCGGCCAUGCGGGGAGGUAUGAGGCAAAACAUGAAGGGUGUGGACACCUGGAGCAUGGGCCCAGGCGACAAGGUGGCGAUCAACUCCAUCGACCACAACAUUCAGCUCCAGCAGCUCGGCACUAUCAGCUUCAUCGUUGCCAUAAUUCUCAAUACUUCGAUCUCUACUCUCAGUAGUGGUGCGGAGGGACAGGCUGGCAUUCAGUUCCCGGAGACUUGCUUGAGCAGGUAUCCACACCGGGAAAAGGCAGAAGCGCUUCUCGUCAGCGCGUCGGAUAUCUUACGCGAGGCCACCUACCUCUUCGACGGUGGUGAGUUCCACUUGCCGCGCGAUCCACGGAAAGUGGGCGUUCACUACCAUGAUGACGACGAUGAUUUCUGGCAGGAGGGCGACACCAAGGAUGACGUACUUGGGGACGUCUACGACCAGUUAGAGUAUGUUUCUGGGGACAUGGCUGCAACAUUGCUUAUCCGCGACAUUCAGAAGGAGCUCAUUCGUGCCGACCAAGCUGGGGAUUCCUUCGGGCGGAGGAAGCUGCUGAACCGAUUGAUCCGAGAGUAUCAUCCAGACCAGAACCCCGGAAGAGAAGAAGAAGUUCGGCCGGUGUUCGAGUACUGCCUUCGGAUGCUGCGCUUAUGCAAGGAUGUGACGUAA